UCAGCUAUGAUCUGUGAAAUGAUUCAAAGGCCUGUCAACUAUCAUCGUUGUCAUAAAUAUUACACGUAAAGUAAAUAAAAACCUAAAAACGUUAAAUAAACGAUCAAAAUAUGCGAAAACUUUUGGAAUUUUGCAAUUUUGUUGGUAAACAAAAAACUCUGAAAAAUGUGUCACAGCGAUAAAAUUGAGUAUCUGCUUAUCAAAACAAAAUGAUAAGUGGCAUGUUUACAUGCAUAUGUAUAUAUGUACAAGUGUAUCCACUUGGACUACAGAUAUUUGACCGAGUUUCACCGCUACCAUAAAAGGCGAAAAUUUUUGGAAUCCAACACAAUAGCAACUAAAUUGGCAGUUAACGGUGCUGCACUGAAAUUGAGCGCGACAAAAAAUCCAGCAGUAAUCAAGAGGAAUUAAAAUUAAGUUACAAUUAAAACGAAAGUAUUGUACGGGGAAAUAAGCAGCAAGCAAACAAGCUGUUGAGUCAACAUAAUGGGCUCGAUGAAAAGUUUGGUGCUACAUUUGUUGUUGUUAUCACUGUGUGCUAUGGUGUUGCAGCGUGCAACAAGUUUACCCACGGAAUUGACGACAACACAACAAACCGAAGAACCUUUAAUCCCACAAACGACUGUGGAGGCUGCGGCAAAUGAGGUUAUGCUAGCAACGGUCGGCAUAGUCGGUGAUGGCGGCGAUGCUGUGCAGGCGGUUGUUACGUCGACGUUGAUGCCGUUUUUGCCGACGGAUGAGCUUCCGCCGAGUAAAGUAAAAUGCGUCAAAGUUGGGGGAUUUUGCCAUUUGGCGGACGUUUGCUGCACGAAACGCUGCCUUACCUUCGCAAGACGAUGUGUAACAUAAUUUUUUGAGCUAAAAAAUAAAUUCGGUUAUUGAUAUAUUCCAAGGAAAGUUUGAAAGUGU